AUGCUCUUCCUUCCCAUUGUAGAUCCCCUCUCCUACUCCCUAAUCCUCUUCCACUCCCCUUGCGUCAUCUACUCUCGUUCCCCUUUCAUAUUCCAUCCUACGACUGCGUCAUCUACUCUCGUUCCCCUUUCAUAUGCCAUCGUACGACUGCGUCAUCUACUCUUGUUCCCCUUUCAUAUGCCAUCGUACGACUGCGUCAUGUUUUUUGGAGAUCUGAACAGUCGUGUUGUUCCUGCCCUUUCCAAAGCAGAGAUUGCUGGAGCCUUAGACGCUGGGGACGUUACCAAGCUAGUUGCUGCGGACGAUUUGGCAAGGGUGUUGAUUAAGGCGGUCAGAGAGUAGUUUUCUACUGCUUUUGAUUCUUAGUAUAAGAUGUUAGCUUCCGCGAUGAAUAAAUGAGGAUCUUACAUACUAUCUGAAGUUGUAAGUUCGCUAGGUUGACUUCGCAUGGGUAGGUCCUUAUAGAUACACCGGGUCGUGGACUAUAGGGCUAAAAUGAAAUCGCAUUAGGAUCAGGGACUGCCGUAAAACGUCGAUUCUUCAUCAUCCUGAGAUCUCUUCUAACUUCCGGAUGUCCACGCCCUUGCAGUUCUUCGGCGAGUUUCCUGUUGUUUUCCCGCCGACCUUCAAGUACCUUGCAGACGAUGGUGGCGAGUCAGAUUCUAGCGCGAAAGUCGGGACUACGAGCAAAACGCAUACCAUAACAGUAGAGCCGGAAGACGACUCACAGGCGGCGACUUUGCUGGAUAGCAGUGGGAGGAACGCACAAGAGAGUGAUCUUGGAAGUAUUUCCAGAAACGGCCGUGGCAGCGCAACUACAAAAGCUAAUAGUACGAACACCAAAUUAGCUCUGAAUAUGAGCAAAUCUGCGCCUGCUUAUACCGAUCGCGUUCUAUAUUUCUGCCGGAACAGGAAGAUAGCUGCAGUGCGACCCCUGGACUACAGUGUUCUGACAUUAAGGGGCUACAACUACAGAAAAGACCACUUACUACCCACCUCUAAUCCCACUCACUACUAGUACUACUAAUGCCCCAAGAUGAGUUUCGAAAACCAAUCCCACUUCGACAACAGUUUCGAAGUGACUAUUCCCCAAAAGAACUUAUAAUCCCCCAAAAGAACUAUAAGUAAGUGACUUACUACUACCCACCGCUAACCUGCGGUGCCUUCGGAUGUGGUUCGGACCAUUUGCCACUCCAUUGCGCCUUUGACUUGCAAUUAGGAGCAACAACAGUGGAGCAGUCAGAACAACAGCGGUCGUCUUCAGCCAGUUCGAGUCGAAUAAGUGCAGCACAAGCAGAGCAGCAUAGUGCUAGUAUGAGAGGGUUUAUGCUUAAGGGUUGCCCUAGUAAUCUGUAGAAGUCUUAUACUUAUGCUGGUUGCUUUGGUAUCUAUGGUUGCUGUAGCUAUGAAGAUUCAGUGUUGAUAUGAGAAACUUCAUAGCUAUACUAAACUGAAGAAGUCUAAAACUUCCUGAAACUUGGAAUGUUUCAAUCUAAAACGUUCUUGAGAUUUGGAAUAAUUCAACUUUCAAAUCUUGAUUUCUCGAAAAAAUGGUUUUUUAUCGCCCAAAAAUGGAAUUCGUUUCUUAUCGAGAGAUAUCACAGCUUUCUGAUCUGGUGCCAAAAUCUUCAAUACAACCCUGAAAUGAGUGCCUUGUUGUAUCUUGCUGUGGUACAGCUUUCUUUGCCAUGUAGUGAUCAAAUUAGAGAUGGCAAUCGAAGCAAGACCAUUUAGUCUAGGACAGUUGAUGUAGAGGAUUGCUCAGGCUGUAUGCUUGGUGAAAUAUUGUACGUAGGUGUGCAGUGGAAUCCUUCUAAAGCCAAACAGAGCAACCCAGCAGAUGAGCCUGUCCGUGUAGUCGUGUGGCCGACAGAGGUGAUUGUACGAGAUCUCUACGAUGACUUUGAGUUGUCAGUACAGUGCACGCCUCGUGACGCUCAUGUGAGAAUAUACAGCACGUCAUCUUCGAAUGUGGGACAGCAGCCAACCAAGGAUAGCAAGGACGACUGCGUUCCUUUUCGGGUGUUGACCUAUUCCCUUCCGGACGAAGGCAGUCGUGAAGCAGGUGGUGAGAGGAUUAAGGCGACACUGGUUCUUUUUACAGGCGUACUAAGAAAACUUACUCUUGCUCUUUUGGCUCUUCAGCAGCCACUGAAGUCUGCUGGUUUACCUAGUGGACCCACACCUAACCUAAUAGCAGCAUACACUCUUUUAACAGCAUUUAAUCUUCCUUGUAUUAUGUUGGUCGUAGAUGUCUUCUUCACAUGCUAUUUUUACACUGACAUGAUGUUUUUACACGUUCUUUUUCUACAAGAAAUUCUUCUUAAGGCGUAAGUGAAUUUGUGCAGUGAAAAAGUAGUAAGAGCAUACUCAUCUGCCAUCUUUCGUGAUGAUAUCUGCAGCUGUAGCCAUUUUGGCUCAAGGAAAAUGAAAGAAUAAAGCAUCAAAAAAUGGCCUCCCAGAAGCAGACAGUGGCGGAGUACUCCUCUGCGCGGAAGCAUUUAGUUUCACUCUCUUGAGUAAAAUAGUUUCUUGAAUUCUAAGACCAAUGAGAUUGUUCAUCUAACAACAGCGGCCACAAGCUUCUUUGGCGUGGCUUUGGCAGUCAAGAGGUGCGACUGCGUGCCAACGGGAAACUGGAUUUGGAGCAAUUGUACGACAUCCUCAUAGUGCAAGCUGAGCGUGGCACCACCGUCUUUGUGCCUGUGUCUGUUGACUUGAAGACAAAUAGUAGAGAAGAAGGCUAUAAUGCUGAUGGCGCAGUCAAAAGCGAUGGCGCAGUGAAAAGUGACACAGUCCUCAAGGAAAAAGACGGAUCUAGGAGCAGGGCCACACCGCCUCCACCUCCCUCAAUUAUUAAGGCUUCCCCUAGUCCAUCUCUGUCGACAUCCCUCAACAGUAUGCACCGCAAUACCAGUGGAAUAGUAAGGCAUAUCAUCUUUGCGGGAUCCCUACAGGGAUGAACUAGGGGAAGCUCCAACUCAAAGACGUCGCGAUCUGAAGAGGCAGCGGCCUCGAGCAGAAGCAGUGCUAGCAUCAGGACGAGUGUUGUUGGGACUAAGAUUAGGGAGCUUCUUGAUAUUCAUAGUCUUGGCGCAUUUUUGGUACAGAUUUGCGGAUUCACAAGUAUUUGUCGCGUAGAAAAGAAAAAGUCCUUGUUCUAUUAGGUUAGUGUCUUGUUUCCGAUCAACAUUUUUGGUAUUGUAGAACAAGCGUUUCCCGAUUUACAAGUGUAGUUUUUAUUCCUGAGACAGCAAAAGGAGCGAGUUUUUUGCCUCACAUUUUGCUUCGACUUCUGACGUCCUCUAAGACGUAGUUCGAAGCCCUACUACAAGUUCUUCCUCUCUAAGAGCAGCCAGACGACAAACAGCGGUCAUAGUAGGACGAAAGGAGUCGUCGACCGGGUGAGUCCAGGGCUUCGGACAGUUGGCUAUACUGGAAAUUCUAGUGCCUCAUCUGGCGUCGUAGAGCGGGUGAACCCAAAACUUCAGACUGGUGGAUAUGCCAGCAACGAUCACGGUAAAAAGCACAAAGAAGACGACAAAAACGGUAAUCACUACAAUUCUGAAGAGCAUCCUACAGCCAACGGCACAACUAGUACCGUACCAUCUCAAAAUGCUGCUAAAAACAGUAGCCAUAGUGGAUCUGCGUCAGUCUUUACGUCAUCGACAUCAGCCUCUGCAGGCAUGAGCAGGAAGCAAAAUCCAGAUAGUAACAACACCUAUAAUCCUGCAAGCAGAGUGCGUACUAUGGGUAGUAGUGCCAGUAGUGCAGCCUCGUCGACGCCUGGGGGAAGAGGUAACGCCACUAGAGACGCGGAGAAAGAAGAUCAGCAAGUAGGAGUCCAACAAAGAAGUACUAGGGCUGAAAGUACUAGGAGUGACGAAGACUUCGACCCCUUCGAGUCUUAGUUUCUUUUUGAGAAAGAGACUUAAUGGUCGGUGUCGUGGGGCCCUUCAUUGGAGGCACCACCUCACUGAAUGGCUUCACAUAUCAUAGACGCGAAAUGGUAUGAAAGAGGGACGAUGACAUGGCAUACCAGAGACUCAUGCCAUGUCAAUUGAAUCUCAGGAUGUGUCAGAAGAUGGCAGUGUGCAUGAUAACAAGACUGAUACCAUUUGACAUGACGGAGCUUCUUUCGACAUCUUUUAGUUCAGCGAUUGAUGGUGAACAUAGAGACAUUUGGACGUCCCCUGCUUGGUGGAGCAUAUACCUGCCAGAGACUGCGCCCUUGUCGAC